CGAGCACAGCUGGGGAGCCCUCACGCUGCAUGGCCCGGGGAGGGUCUCCAUGCAGACGAACUGCACUCAGAGCGGCUGGUCACGAAACUAUGCAGCAGUUUGAAACUGAUCCACCACCUUCCUCCUUGGGGCUAAUACACAGGCAUGAGCUUCCACUGACAAAAACCACAAGAACCUUCAAAAAAGCUACAACGGGAAAAAGAGAGCAUUGUCCCGCAGUCAGCAGGCCACCAGCUCAUGAACUCCAGGCACCUGGACUUCUGCUAGCAUGACGAUGCUGCAGUCUGUGCUUCUCCUGCUCCUGUCCGUGCCUCUGAUAAAGCUGGCACCACCAGCUCAGCAGGACCCACGCGUCACCUAUCACCAUGGGACAGAUCAUUCUGAAGAAACCGUGUUUAGUCAAGAUUCUGAGGAUAAAUAUCUGCACAGAAAAAAUAUUAAGGAAAAAGAAACUGUGAUAUUACCCGAUGGGAAAAGUGUUCAGUUACAAAAAGAUGAGAGUGUAACACCACCAUCCCCCAAAAAAGAAAGUGACGAAAUGCCCACGUGCCUGUUGUGUGUAUGUUUAAGCGGCUCUGUCUACUGUGAGGAGGUUGACAUUGAUGCCGUACCACCCUUGCCGAAGGAGUCAGCCUAUCUUUACGCACGAUUCAACAAGAUCAAAAAGUUGACGGCAAAAGAUUUUGCAGAUAUCCCCAACUUAAGAAGACUUGAUUUCACGGGAAAUUUGAUUGAAGAUAUAGAAGACGGUACUUUUUCAAAACUUUCUCUGUUAGAAGAACUCACACUAGCUGAAAAUCAACUACUGAAACUUCCAGUUCUUCCUCCCAAGCUUACUUUAUUUAAUGCAAAAUACAACAAAAUCAAGAGUAGAGGAAUCAAAGCAAAUACAUUCAAAAAACUGAACAACCUCUCCUUCCUGUACUUGGACCACAACGCCCUGGAAUCUGUGCCUCUUAAUUUACCAGAAAGUCUACGUGUAAUUCAUCUUCAGUUUAACAACAUAACUUCAAUCACAGAUGAUACAUUCUGCAAGGCUAACGACACCCGUUACAUUCGGGACCGCAUUGAAGAGAUACGCCUGGAGGGAAACCCCAUCAUCCUGGGAAAGCAUCCCAACAGUUUUAUCUGCUUGAAAAGAUUGCCUGUAGGGUCAUACUUUUAACCACUAUCAAUGCAGCAUAUAAGCUAAAGUACACACAUGCAUAUAAUCUGUCUCAACAGUGCCUAAAGCAUAAAUAUUUAAUAUUAACUUUGUGUCCCAUGAUGAAGGAAUUUUAUGUUUUAAACAAAGAUGUUCACAAAUCUUACACAUAACAAGCAAAAUGUAAAACUGAAUCCUGAAGUUCAAAACAAAGUCAUGUGAAAAUAUUUAAGCAGCAUUACAAAAUCCUCAUAGUUUAUACCAUGGUGCCAUUUAAAAGGUAUGUUUUUAUAUAAAUACCCCAAUUUAAGAAGCACUAUUUCCAUUACUAAUGACAUGAAAGGGUAAGUCCAAAAAACUUUCAACUGCUGAUCUUUCCAGACCUUUACUUGAUCCCUAAAGCACUUAAGGACUAUGUUCCAAAAACUUUGAAAGCUAAGUGUUUCCAGUAAUCUCCCAUUUUUCUGUUAUGAUUCACACAUUUUUCAUUAUGAAGCAGGAACUUGUUUUCUUUCUAUUAAGGCAGUUAUUAUUCUAUUAAUAAGUUAUUAUUCUAUUAAGGCAGUUACUUAGCCUGAGAAAUAGUGAACAGUCUCAUACCUAGGCAAAACUUUCCAAAUAAAGCGUAAUUUUACUCUCUGAUAAAGACCUAACAGAGUAAUGUCCAAUGUUAUUCUGCUUUGUGGUCACACAGUUAAAGGCUUUAGCAAAACAGCACACAUUUUUCCUUUCUCUAAAUAUUAAAAUUCUAAGUCUACCAUAAAACAUUUUAAGGAGUCAAGCAGACCAAAAUCAGUAUGCUCAUAAAAAACCUGAACGUUCAUCCCAUAUCUCAGAAAAUACCUAUAAAGUUCUCCAUUGUAAAGACUUUCAAAUACGAUAAAUAUGGAAAAAUAUUUUCUUUUUAGCACCAUAGGGAUGAGAAUCUCAUCAAUAAAUCUGUCCAAAUGUAAGACAUGAAAACAGUCAAUUUAGUGGUGUUACUGAACACUACCUCCCCCUUACCCCCCAACCCAUACGCAUCAUACUCAUGCCAACUGCCUAUCCAUUCACAGGAAAGCUUCUGAGCAACAUUUCGUACAGACCCAUGAUUAACUGGUCAUUGAACAGUGUAAGUCCACCUUCGAUCUAAUAGUGAUAACUUAAGAGGAAACAAUGCUGCCAGAUUAAAGAUCCUAAAAUAACCUUCCUCUUGCCCAAAACCCACUCAGAAGUCUUAGACUCCUUAUCACAUUGAGGUUACAUCCAAAAUUAUCAGUGCUUUAGACACAUGAGUCCGAACUGUGCAUAUGAAAAUUUCCAAUAUUGUUUCCAACAUAAAUAAUACAUUAGAAUCAAGUUGGUCUCUGUACACCAAUCCCAGAAGUUAUUCAUAUUUUUAAGCAUUUGCUUCUGUUUUUCCCUACACAGAAUGAGCUCCAGUUUUUCAAUUUUUCCCCCAUUUGUCAAGGUUGACCCCAAGAUAAGCUUUUCUCACCGAAACAUCUAUGAUCUCUCAAGGCCACAACAAUUAGCCCUAUACCACUUACUAACUCAUUUGCUGAUUUUAUUUUGGUAAUUGGUAAUCAUAACUAUAUACUGCUUUCUCAUUAUUUUGUGUGCAUGCCUCAUUUCUCUGUGACUGAAAGCUCACAGAAUACAUCCAAUAUUCCUUUUAUACCUUGAAAGUGCUUACUAUAAUAUUGAGCACAUCUGGAUUGAAUAUACAAUGAAAAGUACAAAAUAAAAUUCAUUUAAACAGA